AUGAUUAAAUCCACCGAAUCUCAAUCAGAAUCAUUACGAGAUAAUCCGAAAUGUACUUUCCAGGAAAUAGUUCAAUAUCAAUGUAGACUCGAAAGUAAUCGAGUAGUUUGUGAUCCUUUUGUCAGGAUAUUUAAACGAUGUGUUGGUAAACCGACGAUCGAAGUGACCCCAAUAUAUGACAAGAAUGGGAUGCCUAUUAAAUCUGGACCAAAGCCACCAUCAUCCACAAAAAUCGAUGGUUUCUACGAUGAUGAAGACGAAGAUUUUAGAGCGUUUAAAAGUCUUUUAUGA